AUGGAUACUGAAGAGAUGGAUGCUGGGAUACUACAAGCUCUGAAGACGGUGAAGAACAACCCGUACGUUCAGUAUGUGGGGUUGGGUCUUGCUGCGCUGAUUGCCCAGAAGGACAGGCAGGACUCCACCGGCGCUCCGUUGAGGAAAACUAAACUUGAAUUGAUACGCAUCAGUGCUGCUGUUUCUGGGAUAGAGCUGUGCUAUGCUGCAGAGACUGCCUUCGUGAGUCCAAUCUUGUUAAAGUUGGGCGUACCUACGUCACUCAUGACCUUGACAUGGUGCCUGAGUCCGUUUCUGGGGUUCUUUCUUGUGCCCGUUAUGGGAUCCUUGAGUGACAGAUGUCAGUCAAAAUUCGGGAGAAGACGUCCUUUCAUCGUGUUCAUGUCAGUGGGCAUAAUCUUAGGUUUGGCGCUCGUCCCAAACGGCGAAGCUUUGGGACUUCUGCUUGGGGAUAGCAUAAACGACACGAUCUCAUCUCUAAACAGCGUUGCUCCACCCACUGAGCUCAAUCAGACAGAGAUAUUUAUGAAUUCCACAACGACAGCCCCAUUUUCUCUUCCUACAGGACAUGUCAGAGGUAUAAUAUUCACAAUCCUGGGCGUGGCAAUGCUAGACUUCAACUGCGACGCCUGUCAAUCUCCAUGUCGGGCGUAUCUAUUGGAUGUCAGCGUACCCGAUGACCAUCCUACUGGUCUGACGACUUUCACUGUCAUGGCUGGUGCUGGAGGAUCUAUUGGCUACAUCAUGGGCGGUAUAGACUGGAACUCCACCAACUUCGGAGAAGCUCUAGGGGGACACAUCCGGGUCGUAUUCUCCAUUGUUCUAUUCGCUUUCAUUAUUUGUGUCAUUUCAACCUUGACGUCAUUCAAAGAGAUACCUCUAUCAGAAAUGAAUUUGACACCAGAUUUGCAAGCGAGUAAAGUUAAAGUAGGUAAAUCUAAAUACCGACAAUUUACAAACGAGGACUCGUCGCCCGAUGACAGCGAAAUAAACAAAGCUGCCAUUUUGGAGAAAGAUGUAAAAUCUUCAUAUGGCACUUUGUCUGGUAAACAAAACGCAUCCUCAGUCUCCGCAAAUGGAGCAGAAUUUAAUCGUCAAGGAGGAUUUCGUGCAUUAAGUGACGCGCAUUGUUGUAGACAGAAGGAUCCAACGGUUGUCAACGAAGGCGGAUUUGAGAACGGUAAACCCAAUCAGAAACAAGGUGUUCAGGAGUUUAUCUUCCCAACAUCAGUGAACCAAAACUACCCAACUACAAACGGUCAAGAUAAUAAACUCUUCAACAGCUUUUCUCAACAUCAGAGUAACAAUAUACCAACGGCAGCAUUAACUUCUUGUAUCCCUCAUUCUCUAAACACGCAUGAAGGACCUAACGGUGGAUAUUCCAAUUUGCUGGUACAAUCGGACAAACAUGAUUCUGCAAACUACCCACACGAACCAUCUAAACUGUCACAUAAAGAUUCCUCCAAAUUCCGAAAUGUAUUUUCUCCAGGAGCGAAUCAAAACAAAGAUGAAAUUAACUUGCACGCGAAAUACAGUGCAAGCCAAGCCAACAGCAGCACACAAACGAUGGACAUUGCGGUGAGAAAGGUUGAAGUUUCGACGGAUGUAACACUCAAAACCUACCUACGGUCUAUCGUCAGGAUGCCGAGAUCGAUGUGGACUUUGUGUCUAUGUAACCUCCUGUGCUGGAUGUCACUCGUUUGUUACUCUCUCUACUUCACUGACUUUGUGGGUCAGUCCGUGUUCGGAGGAAACCCUCAAGCUCCCGCCGGAAGUGACCUCCACAAAAGAUACGACGCGGGAGUCCGGCUGGGAUCCCUGGGGAUGUCCCUGUACUCACUGUCCUGCGCCUGCUACUCGCUGACCAUCGAGCGGCUGGUUCAACGAUUCAUGGGCAGUCCAGUCAUCAUCAUUUUCACCAGCUGCGUCCUUAGUUUCCUGGGCUCCCUGACAGCAAGCCAAGUGACGUACCUCGAUUUGUAG